AUGAACAAGCUACUAAUAUUUCUGGUUUUGCUUUUGGUUCCUCUUCGAAGCGCGGGAAAAGAUUUACCCGAAACAUACGACAUUUUAAACGAGCUCGAGAGUUGGGAUAUGGAUUUUGAGGAAGAAGACGAGUUUGAUCUCUUUGAGUGGCCGUCUUGGGAAAGUUCGCGCGCGAGCAAGAAUCUUGUAAAUGUGGAAGCAUUUGGUGCUGUUGGAGAUGGUGUGUCUGAUGAUACUCAGGCCUUUAAGAAUGCAUGGAAUGAAGCUUGCAGCACAGCAAGAUCGGUUCUUUUGGUGCCCAGCGGGCGCAGUUAUCUAGUGAAGGCAACAAGAUUUAACGGGCCUUGUGUCGACAAGUUAGUGGUCCAGAUUGAAGGGACUAUCGUGGCGCCAGAGCUGAAAGAUUGGGAUCCCAAUAGCCCGCGAACUUGGAUUGUGUUCAAUAAUUUGACCAAUGUUUUUCUCCAAGGGAAUGGUGUUAUUGAUGGCAAUGGGCAUAAAUGGUGGGAAGCAUCUUGCAAAAAGAACAAGGCCAAUCCAUGCCAAGAUGCACCAGCGGCCUUAACCAUAGAUUCGAGCUCGCGUGUAAGAGUUAAAGGCUUGCAAAUCCAAAACGGGCAGCAGAUGAACUUUAUUAUCGCGCGUAGUAAUUUAGUUCGUGUGUUUGGCAUGAAAGUUACUGCUCCGGGGGACAGUCCAAAUACCGACGGCAUUCAUAUAACCGGCUCAACCAAUGUGGUUCUUCAGAACUGCAAAGUCGGGACAGGCGACGAUUGUGUCUCAAUUGUCAGCGGCACUUCAAACGUGAGAUUGAAGAAUAUGCAGUGUGGACCGGGACAUGGGAUCAGCAUCGGUAGCCUUGGGAAGAACAACUCGACAGGCACAGUCGAAAAUGUUGUAGUGGACAGAGCAGUUAUAAGAGGUGCAUCCAAUGGUGUUAGGAUCAAGACUUGGCAGGGAGGAUCGGGCUACGUUAAAGCAGUACGCUUUCAAAAUAUUGUAAUGGAAGAUGUCGCGAACCCAAUCAUCAUCGAUCAAUUCUAUUGUGAUUCGCCAACUUCUUGUAAACCUCAGGAUUCAGCUGUGGCAAUAAGCCAGAUAAUGUACCUUAACAUAACCGGGACUUCGAAGACAAAAAAUGCAAUGAAGUUUGCAUGUAGCGACACGGUCCCAUGCAAGGAAAUCAUCCUCAAAGACAUCAACUUGCAGGGGAAUAACGAUGAUGUCACGUCUGUUGUCACCUUUUGCCACUCGGCUGCCGGCAUUAUCAAAGGGGACAUUAAUCCCGACGCGCAGUGUCUCCUCUCGGCUUCCAAUAAGGAUCAGAAGGUGGAGGGUGAUGAUAUCAUCAUUCACACCGAGCUAUGA